AUGCCACCGAGUGUCAACAGGCAACAAAGUCAAGCAUUAAGUGAAGGCCUGGGUAAACGAUCCGAUGCAGGCGGUCAGACAGAUACCAGUUACACAAAGCCCAAGACCUAUGCUCAGAAGGUGAACUAUGGCCUCUGGGAGAACUCCAUUGGACCAGGCUGGCAGAAAUACCGCAAGUCGUUCAAGAUUUUCCCAUACGUCGUCUUCAAGGAUCCGAAGAUAGAACGCCUAUAUGCUCAGUAUGUUAAAGAGACAUACCAACUGAGAAACAUCAUCGCGGGACUGAGUAGUAUUAGUAAGGGUCAUUGUCAUGUAUCAGAUCCCGUGUGUUUAACCCCGUGUGUUUACCCCCGUGUGUUUAAUCCCGUGUGUUUAACCCCGUGUGUUUAA